AUGGGAUCCACGGCCCAAACAAUAGCGCACCGCGUCAACGACGAGGUAUAUCAGGAAAACGGCAGAUGGUAUGGCACGUUCAAAAAGGGGAAGUACAUGUUCCCCAUUGACGAGGAGGAACAAGAUAGGCUGGACUUCUUCCACACGAUGUUUCUCACUGUCCGCAACGAGGAGCUCAUUUCCGUCUCCAUACACAACCAGGAAAACCCCAAAGUCCUCGAUCUGGGAUGCGGCACUGGCAUAUGGACCAUAGAUAUGGCCGAUAAAUUUCCUCAAGGCUUCCAUCUCGGCCUGGAUCUCAGCCUCAUUCAACCCGAAUACAUACCUGCAAAUACGCGCUUCAUGCAAAGAGAUAUUGAAGUCUCCUGGCAGAAUGAUCUUGAACCUGGUUCCUGGGAUCUCAUCCACAUCGGCAUGAUGCAUGGCAGCAUCUCAAACUCCAACUGGCCAAGGGUGUACGCCGAAGUUGCCAGGCACCUGAGGCCAUACUACGGCGUCAUUGAGCAAAUCGAAAUCGACUGGGUCUUGAAAAGCGACGAUGGGUCAUUUAGCCCCAACUCGGUCACUGCCAAGUUGCUGGAUGAGCUGUUGGACGCUAUGGACGGAUUCGAUCGCCCGAUGCGCCUUGACAGCGCACUCACUAAGCAACGCAUGGCUGACGCUGGAUUGGUCGACAUCAAAGAGGAGGUUGUCAGGCUCGCCACUAAUCGAUGGCCUGCGACAGAUCCAAACAGCGACCUUGAUCCUGAGGCCGGCCGAUGGUUCAACAUUGGAUUGACACAUGGCAUUGCGGGUCUCUGCAUGGCGCCUUUGACUCGAGGCCACAACAGGACCGUAUUCGAGAUCAAAGAAAUGGCCGAUCAAGUUAAAGAGGAACUCCGGUCUCGCAAAGUACAUGGCUACGCCAAUGUACAUAUUUACACGGCCAGAAAGCCGUAG